UUUUGCUAUUGUUUAAUGCAUAUUUUCAUAAUUUUUGGCACUUAAAACUCCGAAUCUUGUUUAUAUGGUAUGAGAAAAGAAUUAACAAAGACUGAAUAAUUGAUCAAUCAAGAAAAAGACGAAAAUGAUGUAUACCAAAUAGGAUUUUACUGGGAUAAUUAUUAUUUUAAGAAAUAUUCAGCAAAAUUUUGUACAUAAAAAUUAUAUUUUUUUCAAUUUCGUCGGUCAUUCACGCAUAAAAGAUAAGGUUUAUUGAACUUAACAAUAGAAAAAAUCUUGUUUUCUGAAAACAAUAAGAAGAAAAAUGUCAACUAGUUUUUUGGUUCUCUUAUUUUUUUGUGUUGUCUUUGAAAUUUCCAGCACUUCCACUUCUAACGAUGGUAAAGAAGAAGUAUGUAGUACGGAAAACGAAAAAAAUUCAAUGUUUUUGACAAAUUAUCUAUUGGAAAAACUAAACAAUAAAGAACGACAGGAUGCGAUUAUAAAUCUUAAAAACGAUUAUAAAAAAUUAAAUAAAGAUAUUAGUGAAUACUUAUUUCCAUCAGACAUAACUGCUAUAAUGUCUCAAGAAAUAAUCCUUCAAAAAUUCUUCUAUAUAUAUUUAGCUAAUAUGAAUCGUAAACCCGACCCACCUAAUGACUACAUAUCUAUUAACAACGCCACUAUAAAAAGCGAAUAUAAAAAACGGCAAAACUUGUUGAAAGAUAUCUAUGAAGAUGAAAACAUUGAGCAAAAAUUAAGUAAAUUAAUCGAACCAAAAUUGACAGAAGAUGAUAAUCCUUAAUAUUAUGUUUAAUUGAUAAAUAAACUUAAUAAUUGUUAUAUUAUUUUAUCAUCAUAAUUAAUAAUUAUAUUGCUAACUUUUCCAUGUUA